GCAUCCUACUGGUUCCUCGUCAUCUCUGUCUUCUCCUCCAAGCUCAAUAUGUUUCCAUCUCAUCUCAGACAAUGAUUAGUUACACCAACAAAGGCGGAGAAACCCUCCCCUGUUCACAGUCUCAUACUUAAAUAUGUUGUACUACGUAGUAUCAUACAUGCAGGAGAAACAUUAAAUACAAUAAGAAGAAUGAAGAGAAGGGUAGAUUUAGAGAAAGAUCAGCUGUCAUAGUCAGCUGUUUGGUUUAGUGUUUAGCGAGUCCUCAUAGUAAAUCAUUAAUGAAGAAAGAUAGUAGGGAAGCUGGAACCAUGGAUAUCGGGGCGCCUACAAACGUAAGACAUGUAACUCAUGUCACCUUUGAUCGAUUUAAUGGCUUUCUUGGCCUGCCCCUUGAGUUUGAACCUCAAGUUCCCAGAAAGCCACCUAGUGCAAGUUCAAGUGUGUUUGGAGUUUCAACAGAAUCAAUGCAGCUUUCAUUCGAUUCCAGAGGGAACAGUGUGCCCACGAUACUUUUGAUGAUGCAAAGGCGUUUAUAUGAGCAGGGAGGUCUGCAGGCAGAAGGGAUUUUCAGAAUAAAUGGCGAUAAUGGACAACAAGAGUCUACAAGGGAACAACUAAACAUGGGACUGGUGCCAAACAACAUAGAUGUGCACAGUUUAGCCUGUCUGAUCAAGGCUUGGUUUCGGGAGCUUCCAAAUGGAGUAUUGGACACUCUAGCACCAGAACAAGUCAUGCAGGCUCAGUCGGAAGAGGAUUUUUCUCAGCUGGUGAGGCACCUUCCACCAACAGAAGCUGCUUUACUGGAUUGGGCAAUUAAUCUGAUGGCUGAUGUUGUUGAGAUGGAAUUUUUUAACAAAAUGAAUGCUCGCAAUGUAGCUUUGGUGUUUGCACCAAACAUGACGCGGAUGGCGGAUCCCUUGACAGCGUUAAUGCAUGCAGUGAAAGUGAUGAAUUUUCUGAAGACACUUGUUGAGAAAACUAUGAGGGACAGAGAAGACUUUGUAGUGGAAACGGGUCCUGCAUACGACUCAGAGCCUUCAGAUGAAAUUGAGGACAAUCCCAUGUCUUUGCGGUCAAUGAUUGAGAUAGAAAAUGAGAUGAGUGAGUUGGAGAAAGCAUCGAUGAACAAAAAACCACUAUACUAUAGCUCUGCAGACCUUUCUUCGGUUGACUCAGAGCCUGAAAUCAAAAAUGAUCAUGCAUCUAUUAUGCGCACUACUAGCAAAGGGAAAUCUGAAGGGGGUCAAGAGAAGCUGAAGUUGAAGACGCCAAUGCGCAGAGUUAGAUAUUGUGAAUCAUGCGUGAAGAAAGGGGAUGGGAAAGGCACCGAGCCUUCAGAGAUUCGCCGUACAGGAGGCAAGAGCAGGAGAGCAUUCACUACUAGUCGCUCCAAUUCAAGAACCGAGAGAAAUGCGGCCUGGAGAUGAAUGGUGAAUCAUGUUUGUUACAUAAUUGGAGUGUCAAGAGUGGAUAUCAUCAAGUAACGGAGCGUUCGUGCAGUGAUUUUUGGAUAUCAGAGUAUCUAUCAUAAUAUAUUAUGUUUCUUUUCUUAAAGCGUGUUUAAGUAUUUUCCCCUUCUAUCUCAAUUGUCGAUCAUACAUUCUCUGUUAUAAAGUGAUACUAAAUUCAUUUAGAUGCUCAAUGCAGGCUACAAGGCAGCGCGUUUGAGCGUUAAUACCUAAUAUCACGAGUUUGGCCUAUAUUGAAAACAAUUGAUCAAAUUAUGAAAUUUUAAUAUCGAAUGUAACCAUUUCAAGUUUU